AUGUUAACACCAACAACAUCACCACCAACCAUUUCUUCAAAUCCACUCAAAUCAUCUGCUAGUCAACAAAAAAUUUAUUCACAAAUAAAUUCAAAAAAUACAUUUAAUAUAUUAUUAUUAGGUGAUGAAUCUUCAGAAAAAUAUAAAUUAAUAUGUACUUAUUUGGAUACUUAUUUUCCUGAACAACACAAAAAUAGUAAUUGUUUAUUUUUUGAACAUACAAUUAAUACAACAAUCAGAGAAACACCUUCUACAUUAAAAAUUUGGGACUUAGCUGGACAACCAUGUUACGACAAACUUAGACACUUAGCUUAUAAACAAAUCCGAUUUGAUGUUAUUCUUGUUUGUUUUUCUGUUGUUAAACCACAGACAUUAGAAAAUGUAAAAACUAUUUGGUUACCAGAAAUUAAAAGAAAAAGUCCAAAUACUCCAUUUUUGUUAGUUGGGACACAGAUUGAAUUAAGAACAGACAAAAAAACAUAUGAAUUAUUACAAUUAGCAGGGCAAUUACCUAUAACUAAUUCUUUUGGUUUUAAAUUAGCAAAAAAAGAAAAAGCAAAAAAUUAUAUUGAAUGUUCGGCUGAUAGAAAACAAGGAUUACAAGAAUUAUUUGAAGAGGCUAUAAUUACAGUUAUUAAUUUAAGAAGGCUUUGA